AUGACGAUCCCCAAAAUUGACAUAUGCUGCAGCAAAUGCCAUGUUGUAUUAUGCUCUUCCAGCAACGAAUGGAAAAGGUUGGAGGAUGUCUCGCUCAUCACACCGGUACAGAAAACAUGGCUCCAAACAAUCACGAUAGCAAAAGCUCAGGGCUUCUUGCCGCUCGAGCCAGUGCCAGCAGAUUUGCACAAUGACAUAGUUUCCGAAGCAACAUGCGCCAAAUGUGGAAGCGUUCUCGGUCAAGGAUUCGGAGAUGUUUUCCAUGAGGAUCCUAUAGUGAAUAGCGAACAAAUCUAUUUUGUCGACUCAGCUGUUAUUCUCAAGAACUCGGACACUCCCGAAGAGGUGUCCCCAAUUGUCACCGAGAACGUCCGAAAGGACAUGUUACGAGCUGCAAGAUCCUCCUCACAAGAUCGUGUUAUCCACGACCAGACUCCAACAGUCAGCAGUCCCGUCCAGACCCCCUGUCAAGAACAGUCGCAGACAUUGCCUGCGGGUCAAGAAGUGGAAAAAGUGCUGAGCCGCUUUACACAACAAGACAUGGGGAUCAAGAAGCUCUCCCGAGAUCUCGAAUCGCUGCAAAAUCGGAUGCUCGCAUUGGAGAAGUCUAUGACCGAUAUCCGCACGUAUUCGCGGGCGGCCUCCAUAGAUGGUCCAAAAAGCGGACGAGAUAUGUUCAUCGAUAAUUUCGAGGCUAUGUUUGAUGCACUGAAGGAUGCUCGGUCUGCGGCUAUCACUAUAGAAGGGCUGAGAUCGGAAAACGAGCAGUUAAAGCAGAGACUAAGCUAUUCCGCCGCACCUACAAUUAGCGAGACUCAAAAUGAACCAUCCGAAAGUGUGGUCGAGACGGCUUCAGACAUACCGAUUACUGGUGCUCUAGAGCCUGUAAAGGAAAAGAGGUCUUACAUACGACGGAAACCUCUCGCGUCACGCAAGUCAACCACAAGGGCAGCACCAGGAUCGUUGGGCCCGGAGUCGGGCUUCGCUUCUAAUCACGAUGAAGACGAUGCAUCUUAUAUUGAUAGUCUUACGGCUCUCAACCAAAUUAGCGCGGCUAUGGCUCCUGCUCUUUCUACAAGCCAAGCACAGAGUGGAGCGUCCAAUCAGCACUUUAGCAAUCAUCUUGGCGAGGAGUCGGCAAGCCUUCUGUCAAACGCAAAUUAUAUCCCGGCUAUUGGAGAGAAUAUACUGACGACCCAGCCUAGGAAGCGCCGUAGGACAGGCGACAUGCUACCGAAUCGGGAGGAUCUUAAAAGUUAUGCCACGAAGACGAGAGGGGCAACGCAUGCAGCCGACCUAUCUUCCGACAGUGGCUCCAGAUAUCAAUCUCGGGAACCAUUACAAAUCAAAGCUGAGUCUUCAACCUCGCAAGAAACAGGACUUCGUCCUUCAAUAGCCACACAACUACAGAACGCAGCAGAUUCGUUCAACAUAGCAAGCACUGACAAAAUGAUGAUCGACCCCGCGCUCCGUUCGACAGGAGCCCCAGCCAAUCCAAAUCCGCCCGCCCUAGCUGUCUUAUCAUCAAUUGAAAAUCCACCCGCUCAGAGACAACCUAUGCACCCAGCGCCGCAGGCAAGAACUGUGGGUGGGCCACAGCAUGAGAGUGACCAGGAAAGACGCAUCAGGGAGUACAAGGCUAGAGAUGCUUUACGGAAACGAAAGGCGCGGGCAGCAUCAACGGGCAAGAAGAAGAUUGUUGGGGAGGAGAGGUUCAAGCAAGAGGAGAAGAUCCGAGCACGGGACAAAAUGGUUCGCGAGUUAAUGGAGAGGGAGGAGAUGUUAGAGAACGAUAGUGACUUAUAG